AAAGAACGCACAAUUGAGUUGGGUCAGAGUACAUAUGCUAUGAUUGGCGAAGACAUUUGCUCAACACAACAAAAAAAAUAUGUUGCUGGACCAUACGAUCAAGGAGAAGUACUUUCGGAACCUCGAACAUGA